UCUAGGUUUUUCUUUUUCAGUAAUGGCUUGAUGACAGCUGUUUUUAGGGUCUGUGGGAAGACAUCUGAAAGCAGAGACAUGUUUGCAAUCGAGAAGAAGAAGAAGAGGACCGGAAAUCCGCCUAGCAUGACCGGCUGUAUGAGGAGUUCAACUUGGGCUGUUGCUGUUGUCAGGUUGCAGUCCAGGAGGAAACCGUGCUGCUUUCCGGUCUCUCUGAGACUGUAUCACUCAGUCUGUCGUAGAGUUCGGCAGCAACACGGGUUUGGUUUAUAUCCCUACUUUUCCACACCAAAAACACUCAGCUUUCCCUCCAGGUUCGUGGUCGAGACCAGAGGAAUCAGUAUGUCGUCCACACGUAUGUCCCAGAGGAUGGUGUGGGUGGACCUGGAGAUGACUGGUCUGGACAUUGAGAAAGACCAGAUCAUUGAAAUGGCGUGCAUCAUCACCGAUUCAGAUCUAAACGUCUUGGCUGAGGGACCAAACCUGAUCAUUAAACAGCCGGACGAGCUGCUGGAUGGGAUGUCGGACUGGUGUAAGGAGCAUCAUGGAAAGUCAGGACUGACCCAGGCUGUACGAGACAGUAAAAUCAGCCUGGAACAAGCAGAGUACGAGUUCCUGUCCUUCAUCAGGCAGCACACUCCUCCUGGACAGUGUCCCCUCGCUGGAAACUCGGUGCAUGCAGACAAGAGGUUCCUGGACAAGUACAUGCCUCAGUUCAUGUACCACCUUCACUACAGAAUUGUCGAUGUCAGCACCAUCAAGGAGCUCAGCAGACGGUGGUACCCUGAAGAACACAAACUGGUUCCUCAGAAGAAAGCAAGCCACAGAGCCUUGGACGACAUCCUGGAGAGUAUUAAAGAGCUGCAGUACUACAGAGAGCACAUCUUCAAAGAAUCGACAGACGAGAAGAAACGGAAGAUUGUAGAAAAUGGAGGGAGUAAUAAGAGUUAAUGUACUUAGACUGAGAACAUCCAUCCUGCUGUCUUCUCCUGACGCUUGAUCCUCGCUGUGAAUGUCUUAUUGAUUUUAGUUUGGGUUCAUAUUCAGCUUCAUUCUGAAAAGACGUGUUUAAUCAGUUGCUGGUUUGCAGAUUUUUAUUUAGUUCAAACUGAGAUGUUUUUGUUCUCAUCUUUUGUUUUUUAAAUGAAAACAAAUAAACUCGUCUUUGAGGAAACAGUCA